AUGGGGAAAGAGUUAGAAGGUGGCCAAAAAUUGGAGCCGCCAGCAUUCCUGCCAGAGCUUCUUGACACACCUGAAAGAAUCUUAAACAAUGCCACAUUCUUCAACGGAGUCUUUCAAAAUGUGGAAAGUGUUGCAUUAUUUUUUGACUGCCUGGGUUCUCACUUCACCUGGUUACAGUCCAUCUUCACUAACUUCCCUGCCCUGCUCAACUUUGUGAACAAAAUGAAGUGUGUUACUGGGUUUUGUCCCAGGGAUUUUGAGGACUAUGGUUGCUCUUGCCGCUUUGAGAUGGAGGGACUGCCCGUGGAUGAAGCUGAUGACUGCUGUUUCCAGCACCGAAAAUGCUAUGAGGAAGCAGUGGAGAUGGAGUGCACAUGGGAUCCAUCGAAGAUUUCUACAGAUGUCAGCUGCUCUACUGAAAACUUGACCUGUGAGUUUGGGGAUCCCUGUGAACAGUUCCUUUGCAACUGUGACAAAGAUGCCAUUGAGUGCUUUGUGAACACACAUAUUAACUCUUCCUUGAAUGGGCUGGAUGUCUCCUUCUGUCUAUCUCUGGUUACAGAAACCAGCAGCAAUAGAGUGAUGACAACACUUCACAUGGAGGACCUCCUUCAUCCUCGGACUGACAAAACAGAGGCUGUGACUGCAUCCCUGGAAGAAGUGAUUUCUUUUGACCUCAGUGAGAUUGUCCUAGGGACUUCCAAAGAUAGAGAGGAUGGAUUUAUGGAAGCUGCGGUCCCAGUGGAAGAGAUAACUACCUCCCCAGCCUCAUUCCCAGGAGGUAUUAACUCAAUGCAAGUCAAAAUUGUCCCCACUGAGAAGAUUCUUACAGCCACAUCUGCAAGGGCAAAAGAAAAAGUAUGUGAGCGAUUAACCUUUCUUCAAGAGAGAGACAAUGGAAGAGAGAAGAGGGAGCUGCCCCAGCUAGGAGAAAUGCUAUUCUGUUUAACUGAGAGAUGCCCAGAGGACUUUGAGUCUUACGGUUGUUACUGUGGCCAAGAAGGAAGAGGUUAUCCUACUGAUGCUCUGGACAGGUGCUGCUUCUCUCAUCAGUGUUGUAUGGAACAAGUUAAGAAACUUGGAUGUUCUGCAGAAAGAAGUUCAAGAUCUGAAGUUGUUUGUUUUGAUCAUAAGCCAAAAUGUAUUGGUUGGACCAUAUGUGAAAAGCUACUAUGUGCUUGUGAUAAGACAACAGCUGAAUGCAUGGCUUCUGCCUUCUUCAAUGAAAGCCUUAAGUUUCCACACAGGCAAGAGUGCCAAGGGGAGAAAGUCUCAUGUCAAAAAGAUCCUUAUGAGAGGCCUUCAAUGGGCACAGAAAUAGGCACCGAGAUCUCCAGCUCUGAGGAGAGCAGUGAGGAGGAAGGUCCACUGCUGAGCGUACUAAGAAGAUCAAAGAGAGAGACACUCCAAGCUGCUGGAAACCCCAGAACUGUGCAACAUGGAAGCAGAUAA